AUAACCCGCGUCAUUUAGUCAGGCGACUGUGGGAUUAUAUGGAAAUAUUAACAUAAUUUAGUUUAUACCAGCAAACGCGUUUACUAAAUACGUGAAACCCUCCUGUACUGAAGCUUUGUUAAAAGGGAAAUGCUUGAACUACUCAGAGUAUUGUGUUACUCAUCCAGCCUGUGAGUUUAGUCAGCUGUCAGUUUGUGCUGCUGCUUUUAACACUUAUGUUUUGUGUCAGCGUUUACUUGUCAGGGCGCUUACAGUAAAGGCUUCGUCUGUCAAAAUGCCCAGAGGAGGUAAGAAAGGUGGCCAUAAGGGUCGCGUGCGGACGUACACCAGCCCCGAUGAGAUAGACGCCCAGAUGAAGGCAGAGAAGGAGAGGAAAAAGCAAGAGCAGGAGGCGGAGGAGGCGGGUGCAGCUCCGAACGACACGGCAGAGGAGAAGCUACCAGCGUCAGGAUCAGAUGACAGCGAUGAUGAAAAUUCCCUGAGGAGAAGAGCGGGUGUGGAGGGCUUGAUAGAGAUCGAGAACCCCAACAGAGUGGCUCAGAAGUCCAAGAAGGUGACACAGAUUGAGGUGGAUGAGCCCAGGCAGUUAUCAAGGAGAGAGAGAGAGGAGAUUGAGAAGCAGAAGGCCAAGGAGCGCUACAUGAAGAUGCACUUGGCAGGGAAGACGGACCAGGCCAAAGCUGACCUUGCUCGCCUUGCCAUAAUCAAGAAACAGAGAGAAGAGGCGGCAAGAAAGAAAGAAGAAGAGAAAAAGGGUAAGCAAAACAUGUCAUAUGGUAAUUAUUAUUGUACAGUGAUGAUUGUAUUAAACAGCUUGUAAAUUUCCUCUACUCCAGGGGAAACUCUACACAAUUUAUCACAUUAGAACCGUGAUGUGGUCACGAAGGCUUAUUUACAUUACCACACUCUGCAAGUCACCAUGGACUCAUUUAAUCUUGUGGUGUGUGUGUGAAGGUUCAGCAGUCUCUUAUCUCCAAAAUGAGCCUCAGAGCAGCAGGAGUCAAAACGAUAUCGCUUGAUUAAUUAAUUUAUUUUGCGUGCCUGUCCUCAACUUCAAACUCAAUCUGCUACAAAAGUUAGUGCUUAAAUAUGUGAUGAUGAAUCUUUUCAGCCUGUUAAGAUUUUUAAAAUGUUUUAACGUGUAGCCUUGUUAAUGGAGCAUUUGUUUUUCAGCUUCACCACCAACAUUAAAAGUGAAAAUGUAGUGUCUGAAGAUACGAACAAUAAAUCAUAAAUCUAACCUCUGUGUUUUUGUCCAAGUAAGAUAAGCAGCAAAACAAGUUUACAGUACGUUAGAAUUAAAUCAUAU